AUGGCUCUAUCAGACCCAAGUGGGGCCUGGGAUAAGGCAAAGAGAACAGCAGAAACUAAAGAUGGGACCAAAGACAGCAAAGGAGCUAAGCUAUACACAGAGGCUCUAACAGACAACUGCUGUGUCAAGGAACAGAUAAGCACAAGGACACCAAAUAGGGAAGAGACAGUAGGAAGCAACACAUCAAUGGAAGAUUUCGAGAAUAUAAAUAACCCUAGCACUUAUAAACUAAAUAAUAAAGAACUUGAUCAUAAAGAAUCCGAACAUGACAUAGAAGUUAAGGUUGUGGCAGCAGCACAGCAGCAGUCGAUGUUAGGAGGUGCAAAGGCAGCAAACACUACAGGAUCCUUUUCAAGCCAGAACCCAGCUUUGAGCCGAGGCCCAAGAACUGGGGAGGCUCAAGAAUGUCUCUUUCUGUGUUUGCUAACGUGUCUUUUUAAACCAAUUUGGCGGUAUCAUGUACCAAGGUUUAUACCACAGCCUCUCUCCCCACAGUUGAUAACUGCUUUCUGCAUAGCAUCGGGGUUGGUGAGCAGCGCUGUGGUUUGCGCCACGCCUUGGGUCAAGAGACCGAUGUCGCCAACAGUCCGGCUCUCUAUCUCCCUUGCAUCUGCUAACACUGUUUUCUCAUUUUCCUUGGCUGUUGCUGUGCUAAUCAACUCCUAUUUGCCUGCUGUCCACGAAAUUCAUUUAAGCAACUGCUUAAAACUGUCUAUCGAAGCCGUGCGUAUGGGCAGCAUCUUGGUACAGAUCCUCCACCUGCUGGUUGUGGCCCUCAACCACUAUAUCGGGACUCUCCGACCACUCCACUACGCUGCCACCAUGACACCAUUCAUGCUUAAGAUUAUUCUCCUCGCUCUGUGGGUGAUACCUAUGGCCGGAAUGUUCGUCACCUUCUGCAGUAUACCGGGUCAAGGAUUCCAGUCAGAAUCGUGCAAUAACAAUUACUUUUACAUCAAAGGCAUCACGUUCCGCAUUUUGUGGUCGACUCUCUUCUUUGGGCCGACAGUACUCAUCGCUAUGGUGUACUGCCACAUCUUCCACUUGUUGAAGCAUCGCGCCAUCUACCUGGUCAGUGCAGAACAGAGGAAUCAGCUCAAGCGCAACAUUAAGACGGUAAGAACCACCGCACUGAUCGUGGGUACGUUUGUGUUGGGCUGGAGUCCAGCAUUACUGAAGUUCUUGUUAAUAUGUGAAGAGUGUGUUAUCCACCCCAGAAGUGUCAGCAUCACAAUGAACCUGGCUCUAGGGGCCACCGUCAACAUUAUCUAUUGUCUUAAGGUAUUUACUGACACGUUUAUCUACGCUGUACAGCUGCGAGACAUUAGAAAGGCAUUGCAGACUAUGUGGGCUUUGAUGAAACGUCGAGUAACUAGACGAUCCGGGGGUCCUAUGAGGAACAUGUCAAGGAUAUCUCACACAACAUCCACAAGGGUUUCCCAUAACUCUCCAGGCCUUCACAGGUUGCGGACUUCACUUUCCCAUCGGUCCCAUGGAUUUGCUGCUUCUUGUAAUUCAUCAUCUCGGUCCAGGUCAACCUCUCCCAACAACCAGCCAGCUCAUCUAACCAAACAAGGGAGUGUUAUGGGGUCAGCAGCACCUCCUCCUGGUCCUGCUGCUCUGCAAUACAAACCACCUUCCUGGUCACCAGUCAGCCUGGAAGUCUCAGUCUAUGCCAACAACCACCACAACGAGGACCUCCGACUCAAGAAACUGGUUGAGGAGACGCAGCUCGACCCUAUCAUGGAGGACGACUCGAACCAUAUAUAAGAACACAAGAACGAAUAUAUAAUAUAUUUUAUCGCCUUGUGAUCAUGUACUUCCUAAUAAUGAUCUCUGAAUUCCAGAUAAACAUAGUGAUUUUCCCGAGUAAUUUACCCGAGACUUUUAGUAAUGUUUUCGAUGACAAAUUGAGUCACUGAAUUUUAUGCAUAUGUACUGAAGAUGCUCAAACAUUCUGAGAGUUUAUUUCAAUAACUUAUAAAAACAUAAUGUAAUAACAAUAUUAUUAAAAAUCCAGCUCACAUGACAGAAUCACUGUCAUUGUGGUUUCUGAGAUACUUAAGUGUAAGUGUACAGUUAGAGACAUUGAGUCAGUAAAAUAAAAGCAAUGAUUUUCUGGAAAAAUAUUCAUUCGAAAUUCCGUAUAUGAUGAUAAUAUGCACCAGAACUGACUACCUUAAGUCUUGCUUUCUGAUAUAGAAGAUGGUUUUGUGAGAGUUCGUCAGCACUUGCCUCAUAACCAGACAAUCAAUUAGUAAGAUAAACAGCGUAAAAAAUGACUCACGGAAUCGUAAUAACACGAUUGUGAGCAAACCUCAGUACGGGUGGGGGUUGAACCCAUGGGUUAAAACCCCACCUCGUGUCAGUAUUAUGUAGUUCAAGAAUGUUUAGUGCAGACUUAAAGCUCUUGAUCUCUGUGUUUUUAGUGGUAUACUAAGGAGGAAGACAGAGAACUAUAAUGAAGAUGAUGGUAAAGGAAGAUGCUGAAAGUGACGAUUUAGGAAGAUGCUGUGGAUGACGGUAGAAGAUGCAGAAUAAGAAGGUUGAAGAAGAUACUGAAAUUGACAGUCAAGGGAGAGAGAAAAGUUAAACAUAAAAGCUGAGGCAGAUAAUAUGGAUGAAUGGAAAGGAAGUUGUUGAAAGUGAAGGCAGAGAGACUCACUGAAGAUGAUUAAUUUGAAGAUGCGUAAAGAUGCAAACCAGGAAGUUAAAGAAGAAGGAAAGAAGAUGUUAGAGAUUAAUGAAAAACAUGCCUGAAAUAUAAGAAUAAGACGAUGCCGUAUAUGAAGGCAGAAGAAUAAAUGGCAUAAAUGAAAAUUAACUUUAAAAUGAGAAAAUUUAGGGUAAAAGCCUAUAAGUAUUUGAAGUGAAUAUUAAAAA